AUGGAUGAAAAGACAGAGUUGGAGCUAAUUAAUUCGGGAAUAAGAAAUAUAGAUGGACUAAAUAAAGUUCCAAAUCUUCGUUAUUUAGACUUGUCCUCAAAUUUUAUAUCCAAAAUAUGUGGAAUUAAUAAUCUCAGGCAUCUUAGGACACUAAAUUUGUCAUCGAAUAGCAUUAAAACCAUCGAGGCGCUUGGCAAUUUACAUUGUUUAGUUCGCCUAGAUGUUUCUUUCAAUGAAAUCACCAAUCUGGAUGGUUUAAAAGAUUUAUUCGGUCCCAAUUAUAAUUUAACAGUUAUUAUACUCCAAGGAAAUAGAAUUGAAUCUAGACAACAUCUUUUAGAGUGUACAAAAGGGUUGAUUAAUUUACGUCAAUUAGUGUUAUUCAAUCCACAAACAGGAGAUGAUAAUCCUGUUUGCAGAGUACAAGAUUAUCGUAUCAGUAUCUUACAAGGACUACCUCAACUAGAAAUAUUAGAUCAUGUGGACAGAAUGGGUCGUGCUACUCACAUUGAUGUUUUAGCUGAUCUUCCAGAACUCAAUGAUUUCAUGGAUCUGGUUUCUACGGGGACUUUUUCUGAAUCUGAUAACUUGUUAAUGAAUGAAGCCAAAAAGCAUGAAUAUCAUCAUGACCAAAUAGACUUACCAAUUCGAAGUAAUGAAUUACUGACGAAGAUUGUGAAUAAUGAAGUUAGAAAGAUUCAUCCGACUACUUUUACAACACAUGAAAAAGAUCCUGUUCCAAAUUCACUAACUUCAACAACUGAACAUCGAUUGCUGAACUUAGAAAGUCAAUUAAACUCUUUAAUUACUUUACAAUUAUUAAGGAUUCAUCAAACAGAAUCUGAUCAGUCUAGACUUUCUUGUAAUACACAUCAAGCAACAUUGGAAAAUUGUAGUAGUAAAGAUAAUUCAGCAAAUGUUACAUGUCAACAAAAUGAAUCUAACCCUUGCAAUGUAAAUAAUUCACUUGCGGAAACCCAUAAGGAGUCAUUACAACACAUUCCAGAAAAGGAGGUCUCCAAUAAGAAACAUCCUACGGAACCGAAAACUCAGUCUGAUAAUGUAACUUCUCAACUAACAAACGAAAAUCAGUCAUCUCAUCAUCACCAUCAUCAUUCCUGCGUGGAAUCUCAUAAGACCUCAACAAACAAUAUUCCACGAUCAACUAAGCCAACUCAGAAUGUAGACAAUGCUUUAUCGAAAACAAGGAGAGUAACUGUCAAUGAAAAUCCACCCGGUGCUCCAAUAAAGUUAACAUCACAAUCUUCCAGAAAAAUGGCUCAUCAGAAUACAAGUGAUAAGAAAACUAAACAGGAUACACUAAGAAAAUUGAACUCAACUCGAUCAAAUAGUCAAGAUGUUCAGUGUAAGAGUGUUCAAGUUGGUGAACAAUAUAUUCCUGGUCAUUUGACAACUAGUUACGCCCUGAUGAAAGUUCAAUCAUCAAGUGAUCAUGACAAAAGUGAUAAAUCAUUUGGGAAAAUUCUCAAGGAGCUUGAUAGAGAAAAAAUGCAGAGAAAACAAGCUGAACAGUUGUGUCAACAAAUGGUUAAUAGAAUACGUGAACUAGAGACUUCUGCAAUUGAUGAAACUGAAGCACUGAAAGUUACCGAAGAUUUAAAGCAAGCUUUCACUGCUGAACAUCAUGAAAAGUUAGCAAUACAAUUACAGUUGAACGAAAUGGAAAAAAAAUUUAACGAAGUCUGUCAAGCUGCUGAAAAUCUGCGUAUUAAAGAAGAUACAGCAAAAAGUCUUUAUCAACAAGAGAUUGACAAUUUAAACAAAUUAUUAGCUGAAGCACGUAAAGAUUACAAAGAUGUGCUGUCAAGAGCAGAGAAAGCUGAACAGAAGCUGGAUAAAACUCAAUGUCUGUUACGUAAUCGUGAAUUGGAGUAUAAUCAAGAAUUGAAUAAUCGUUAUAAAUUGGAUAGUCCAGAGUUGACUAAAUUAAUCUCCGAUAAGAUUGAUUUAGUACAAACACGUAAUCUGCAAACUAUUGAAGCAUUACAAGAAAAAUUAACUGAAAGCGGUCAACGUUAUACAGCACUUGAAGAUGAAUUUCGAAUGGCAUUAAGAAUAGAAGCAGAACGAUAUGAAACAUUACUUAAGACAUCAGAAUUAUGCAAAGAAGAACUAAGUGGAACACAAUCACAAUUAAAAGAAAGAAUAGAACGUGAAGAAUCCACACGUCAUUUGAUUGAAGAAUUGAAUACAGUGAUCAAAGAACAAAAAUCGAAAUACACAAGUCAACAGAAAGCUAAUUUAUUAUUACAGCAUAACUUGAAGGAACGUAUUGCAACCUUGGAAGCUCAUUUAGAAGAAGCUCGAACACGUAUUACAAAUCAUGAAAAUUUACGAAAGGAAAUUAAACAACAGAAAGCAGAAAUGGCAGCUCAAGAAUCUAUUAUAGCUGGUUUAAGAGCAGAAAGACGGAAUUGGAGUGAAGAGUUGGCUAAACAAGGAUCAGCUUUAGCUCAGGAUCGUGGACGUUUAGAGGCGAAAAUUGAAGCUCAAGAGUUAGAGAUUGCCAGUCUCAAGAAGUCAUUAGAGAGUGAAAACGACUCAGUUAAAAUUAAAAAUAAAAUAAUUGACGAUCAAACAGAUACGAUAUUAAAUUUAAAAAAGUGUAUUCAGGAGAAUCAAGCUGAAAUAAAACGUCUUCAAAAUGAUGCUGUACAAAAUCAUCGAAGUUUAGAAAACCAAUUGAGUCAAAAAGUUAAAGAAAAUACAGAAAUGAAUGAUGAAAUAAAACAUCUUGUUAAGCGUAAAGAAGAUUUAAAACAACUGGUAUCUGGGCUACAGUCAAAAGUUGAUGAGUUACAAGAACAAAAUGAUUCCAUGUCUCAACGUUGGCGUGAUCGUUCAAGUUUAAUAGAUAAAUUAGAAAAACAAGUAGAACAAAUGCGUCACAAUUGGGAUGAAGAACGGAAACGUUUAAUUAACGAAAGAGAUACAGCACAAAAGCAAGUUAGUACACUACACUCAAAAAUGGAAAGUAUGGAUGAAGGUUUCCGGCAACAGUUAUUGGCUGUGGAAGAAAUGAAGGAAAUUGCAGUUAACAAUGCACGAAAGGAAGCUGAUCAGUUGCGUAUUGCAUGUGAAUCACGUGUAGCUGAAGUAGAAUCAGAAAUGCGUGCAGUUCUUCUAGAGGCUGAAACGACAAAACAAGCAAUGGAGGAGAGACUCAGGUCUAUAUCGAUCGCCUUGUGUAACCCAGUGCUACCGGAUUACAAUGCUUUAAAACCUCAACAUAUGAGAAAGGGAGAGUAUGUAAAGUCAAAUUUCAACAUGUUAAAUGAACCUGCCUUAUGGCAUAACAAUAAUCCACCAGUCGAAAUCCCCGUUAAACAAUAUUCUCAGGGUUACAAUUUGAUAAAUUCAAAUUCUUGAUUGAUUGUAAAAAAAUCCUCUUACAAAUUUUGAUUGUAAACUAAUUACUAGUAAAAUCACAAUGUUCUUUAUGCAUGUCUUCACUAAUAUAUACACGUUGUUCAUUAUGCACCUCAAAAACGAAGGUUUGUAUUAAUUCAAAAGUUAUUCC